CGGGGCCUUCCUUCCCAGGCAUCCUUAGGCACCCAGACAUACAAUUCAGCUUGAUUUAGCUCAAAAAAAGAGGAAAGCCAAAAAUAAAGGAUUCCCUCCCACCCAUCCUUUGGGGAUCUGCUUCUUCCCGGACCGUCAUAAAAGAUUCUUCUGCAGGUUUCCCACUGAGAAGUUAAAGCAAAGCCUCUCUGCAAAACUACCCCGGAAAACAAUGAAUAUAUUCCGCUUCCUGGGAGACAUAUCUCAUCUAUUAGCUAUAAUCAUCUUGCUGUUGAAGAUCUGGAAGACGAGAUCAUGUGCUGGGAUUUCUGGAAAGAGCCAAGUUCUCUUUGCCAUUGUCUUCACUACUCGGUACCUAGAUCUGUUUACCAACUACAUCUCCUUGUACAACACCUCAAUGAAGGUGGUUUAUGUCGCAUGCUCUUACGCCACAGUGUGGAUGAUCUAUAGCAAAUUCAAAGCCACCUACGAUGGCAACCACGACACUUUCCGGGUGGAGUUUCUGGCCAUUCCCACCGCAGUGUUAGCCUUCCUAGUAAACCAUGACUUCACUCCCCUAGAGAUUCUCUGGACGUUCUCCAUCUACUUGGAGUCUGUGGCUAUCCUGCCACAACUGUUCAUGGUUAGUAAGACUGGUGAGGCAGAGACCAUCACAAGUCACUAUCUCUUCGCCUUGGGUGUCUACCGUGCCCUCUAUCUAUUCAACUGGAUCUGGCGUUACCAGUUUGAGGGCUUCUUUGACCUCAUUGCUAUUGUUGCUGGCUUGGUGCAAACUGUACUCUAUUGUGAUUUCUUCUACCUCUACAUUACAAAAGUUCUAAAGGGCAAGAAGUUGAGUUUGCCGGCAUAGUUCAGGAUGAGACUAUGACAAGAUCCUUUGAUGGAGGAAAAGGAUGAGGGGAAUCUUCACAAGAAGUUAAAAACAUGUAGAAGUUGUGAUUUAAAAACAAACCACCACAUUAAUCACAUGUUGGUCUCUUCUUGACCCUGAACUUUUAUCUAAGGGAGUGUGAUUUGGGACAAAACAAUGAUGGUCCUUUUGUUCAAGAGACUGGUAUAGAUUGGGGUGAGAUGGGGUAUGAAUUUAGCGUAUCGGUUUCUCAGAACUCCUUUUUGAUCAUUCUUUCCCUCCCUUUCUGUUGCUCUUGACUCUUAUUUUGUUGAUGAAGCAGCAAAGGUAGGAAUUUUUUUGUUUUUGUUUUAAAGAAAAUUGGUCAUCUCCCUUUUUGGAUUCAUGUUUUGGAUGUUUUGCUGAUAACUGCUAAGAAAUCUUGAGUUUUUCCUUUUGUGAUGGUCUAGUACUGUGGGACUAGCCAAAUAAGCAGAUGGAAACAUAAGGUCUCAUAUGCCUUCAGACAGUAAUUUUUUGUCUCGUUUUUUAAAAAAUAUUAGUAGAAUAUGAUUACUCCUUUAAACAUUGUCACUUAAUCCUGAAUCCUGUAUAGUAUUUGAUGAUUAUUUCCUCCUCUUUAAAUAGAAAAAUAAACAAACUACCCCACUCCCUAUUAAUUAGUGCCUUUGUGGGAGGGAUGGGAAUUUAAAUAAAAAGAAACUGUUUUGUU